ACAUAUCAGUGCUCUCCUCGAUCGUCUUUUGUUUCAAAAAACCGUAAAUGCUAUCUGUCGUUACUGAAUUUGAGUUGACGUGAAACGAUUUUAGAACACGCUAUAUUUUAUUUUAUUUAAAGACACAGGGCUUUAAGCCAUCUAGGAACCCAAAUAGAUAGGCAGGGGCCGCUGAUCUCUAUAAAUCGUUUCAAAGAUGCGUUUGUCUUAAUUAAGAGGCUAGUUGUUUCGUGUGUGAAGUUCAAUGAAGACAAUUUUCAUAUCAAAAUUAUGAAAACUCAACAUAAUGUAUAGUUCUGUAGUUGACAAGAUUAUCGACCGAGUCUCGAGUGUCCAUUUCAAUUCUGGAUAUUCUUAAAAUAUCCAUCCCGUCUUUGUCUCUGUGUUGGUUUGCACGAUUUGUGACAAUGUGUUAGUUUGCACCUGAUACAUUUUCUAUUAUUAUACCAUAGAUAGACGGUAAGAAACCAUUUAAUCCUAACAUGACACGGAAAGCCACACGCAUCACAACACACUCCCAUAUAGUACCGUCUCGCUAACUUAAUAGAACGAGCGGCCGAUUGAGCUAUAAAAAAAAGAUGGUCUUUCUUUUCAACGCAUACCUUCUUAGCAUUUUAGCUAAGAUAAAUUGUAAUAUUUGUUCUCAUCGUUUAAUAUAUGAUAUGUUCACUGUAUGUUCACUUUGAUAUUGUUUUUUAUAUAAAUAUCAAGGGAAUAUGAUUGUGUAUGGUCGCAAUGCACAAGCGUUAAACUAGUAUUAUUUUAUUGUAGAGUAAUUACAAUAGUCGUACGUAAACUUGUCACGUGGUGUUAUUUAAUUUGAGUCCUCGAACUCAGAAAACCAGAAAAAAGGAUCAUAUAACUUUGUCGACCCAUACCAAACUGUUCAAAACCAAGUUUGCUCAAAACAGGUACCGACAUGUCAUACCAUAUUGGAGCAUACUACUAAAAGUUUGAGGACACAUGAUCCAAAUGAUACAACAUGCGUUGUUCGGGACCCAGGUGACUACAACGUGGUAUAUGGUAUUGUCGGUAUACGGUUUGAGCAAACACAGUUUUAGACGAUUUUGCAUGAAUUGAUGGAGUUACAUAACCCACUUUUCUAGUUUUCUAAACUUGGAGACCCAAAUAACACGUCGUGCUAAGCUCAGGAUCGUCACUGCAUUUUAUUCUUUGGCACUGCAUUUUAUUCUUUGGUAUAUAUGUGACAUGGCAAAAACGUAUAGGCGGUCGAUCGUUAUCGAAGUGUUGCACGUCGCAUUAUUCUUUUUCACCAAUGGUCAACGUUUUGCAACUAACACAACUCGCAAAAAAAAUGUACGUUAAUUACCUGCCAGAGGCCGGCUGAUUCAGCAUUGACUAAUCGUUAGUACGUUAAGGCUACCUUCAAGAACUCAUCUAUCUUAUCUCCUAUUUCAAACUUUAAUCUAUAAAAUAUAUAAAUAAUAUCAAAAAAUAUCAUCUAUACUCUCACGUCAUAUAUUUUACACGAUUCAUCGAAAAUAGCAUAAUAGCGGCUGGCUGCCGUUCUAGAGUGAGAAUCUUCUUUCCCAUUGCUAGGUAGCAAGUUAUUACAGUAAUUAUAUUUUAUUACCAGUACCAAUCUAAACCUUAAGAAACACCCCACAUCAGAAAUCCGUUUUUAGCUUGUAUAUUGUAACUUAUUACGCCGCUUGCAUGCUGUAAACAGCGGCAAUUAAUCCACAAUUCUACGAUCGAGCGUAAACUGCUAGCUUUCUAUGCGAAUUCAAAUCUUCCAUGUAAUAAGCUGCUAGAAGGGAGAUCAGGGAAGCUGCAUAUUUCGGCCUACGUACAGGGCUUCAUCCUGUUCGGUCAAAAAAUUUGAAAGCACGGCGGCAAGAUUCUGUAAUUGAUAAUGUAAUAAUGUACCCCUUUUAGAGAAUUUAGGGUAUAUUUGGUUUGAGGAAUGAAAUGAUCCAUCUUCUUCUCACUUCUCACAUUUUUAUUUGGUUUGUUGAAUAUAAUGAGUUGAUCCAUCACCACUUCAUUCCUCGUAAACUAAUAAUUAGUAUAUACAUGAGGAGUGAGUUGAUUCCACCAAAAUUGAUGGAAUGAAAUUAUGAUACAUCAUGAUGCAUUGGAUGACUCCACAAACUAAAUACACCAUUAGUGUUGCACUUUAAUAAAGCCACAAUUCUACGAUCGAGCGUAAACUGCUAGCUUUCUAUGUGAAUUCAAAUCUUCCAUGUAAUAAGCUGCUAUAGCCUAGAAGGGAGAUCAGGGAAGCUUCAUAUUUCGGCCUACAGGGCUUCUUCGAUCCUGUUCGCUCAAAAUUUUUGAAAGCAUGGCGACAAGAUUCUGUAAUUGAUAAUGUCGUCGUCGCUUGACGGAGUAUUAUUCCGAGGUGCGAAAUAAUGGCUUCUGGCCUCCAAUGCCCCGACAAACACACUUCCAUGAACGUGGAGGCCGUCCUCCACAUGAAGUCAGGCCUCGGCGAGAGCAGCUACGCGCAGAACUCUUCGCAUCAGAAGAAAAGCACGGAGACGUUGAGAAGCCUAGUGAUGGACUCGGCAACGCUGGUGUACGAGGCACUCAGGCCGGAGAGCUUCACGGUAGCCGAUCUCGGGUGCGCCUCGGGGACCAACGCGCUCGGCGUGGUGGAGGCCAUCGUCAGGGGCGUCGGCGAGGCCUGCCGCGGCCGCGGGCCGUCGUCGUCGUCGCCGCCGCCCGAGUUCUCGGUGCUCCUGAACGACCUCGCCUCGAACGACUUCAACACCGUCUUCGCCCGCGCGCCGGAGGUCGCCGGCAGGCUCAAGGCCGACGCUGGGGCCGUCGUGUUCCUGUCCGGCGUCCCCGGGUCCUUCUACGGGAGGCUGUUCCUUUGCCGGAGCGUGCACUUGGUUUGCUCCUUCAAUAGCCUGCACUGGCUGUCUCAGGUUCCUGCAGGCCUUCGUGACGAGACCAACAAGCCACUUAAUAAAGGCAAGAUGUUCAUAUCAAGCACGAGCUCUCCCGCCGUGCCGGCGGCCUACCUGCGGCAGUUCCAGAAGGACUUCAACCUGUUCCUCCGGUCGCGCGGCGCUGAGGUCGUCUCCGGCGGCCGCAUGGUUCUGUCAAUGCUCUGCCGGGAAACCGAGGACUACACCGACGUGAAGAUGACCCUACUAUGGGAUCUUCUAUCAGAGUCACUUGCCGCGCUGGUAUCCCAGGGACUGCUCGAGCAGGAUGUGGUGGACGCCUACGACGCCCCGUUCUACGCGCCGAGCGCACGGGAGAUCGAGGAGGAGGUGAGCAAGGAGGGCUCCUUCAGCCUGGACUACGUGCGGACGUUCGAAGGCAGCCUGAGCAGCGGCGCAGGCGCUGAGACAGACGGCAGGAAGGUGUCCAUGGCGAUCAGGGCCAUCCAGGAGUCCAUGCUCACCCACCAUUUCGGGGCCGCCAUCAUUGACGCGCUAUUCCACAAGUACACGGAGCUAGUCACCGAAUCCAUGCACAAGGGAGAGGUCAAGAGCGUCCAGAUCGGGGCCGUCCUGGUCAGGAUAUGAUGUAAGCGCUUACUAGUUAUAUAUAUAGUUGAAUGAUUCUUUCUUCUUAAUUAUUUCUCACUGUCAUAUUACUUCUUGGCGUGCUCCUAGUUAUCCUCAGCCUCACACACAAACAAGCAAUGUUGUUCGGAAUUACCAUGUCCUUUUACUCCUUUACUACACAAAGUACACAAAGUCUA